UGCAUCCUGUAGGAUACAUAACCGUGACGAUCGUUUUAAUCGCAAAACGUAACUCUCGUUGAGGAAAAUCGGAAGACAAUAGACAUGGAGGACAAGGUCAGUGGAAACGCGGCCGCCGACGCGGCGGAGAGCAAUUCCGCUCCCGCGAAGAAGGCCAGCAAGAGCAAGGCGAAGUCGCAGCAGAAGAAGGUCUCGUCGCGGCCACCGACCUCCGAGAUGGUGACUGCGGCCAUUAAGGAGCUCAAGGAUCGCAAGGGCUCGUCCUUCCAGGCGAUCAAGAAGUACAUCGUGUCGACCUACAAGGUAGACGGCGAGAAGGUCGCGCCGUUCAUCAAGCGUUACCUGAAGACCGCCGUGUCCGCCGGUGCCGUCGUGCAGACCAAGGGCAAGGGCGCCACCGGCUCGUUCAAGUUGUCGACCGACAAGCCGAAGGACAAAGCCAAGGGGAAGGCGCAACGCGCCUCGCUGGUUCACUCGGACACAUGGAAAGCGGGCACCAAGAAGGACGCGCGGGAGAAGACCGCGAUUGCGCGGAAACCGGCGGCCGCUGCGAAGAAAACGACCGCCAAGAAGGCUCCGGAAAGCCCGAAGAAGGCAGCUCCCAAGACCGCCGCCGCCAAAACCGCCGUGAAGAAGGGCAAAGCUGCCGCGGAGCCCAAGUCACCAUCGAAGGCUAAGAAAGCCGUCAAGGCACCAGCGGCGAAGACCAAAACGCCCAAGCCGAAGAAAGCCACAGCGAAGACCGUGAAGGCCGCGGCGAAAAAAUAAUUGGCCUGCGAAGAAUAUACUCGCUACAGUCAUAAAUGGCCCUUUUCAGG